AUAGCCGCUAUGCCUUUGCUACCGCCCAUGUCCAUGGAGAAAUAUAUAGGAGACGUGGGUUGCUCACCUCAGAAGGCAAGGAGAUCAAGAACAAGGGCGAAAUCUUGGCCUUACUGAAAGCUCUCUUUCUGCCCAAAAGACUCAGUAUAAUUCACUGCCCAGGACAUCAGAAAGGCAAUAGUGCUGAAGCUAAAGGCAACCGAAUGGCGGACCAGGCAGCCCGGGAAGCAGCCAUGGGGACUGACACAAAGGCCUCCUCACUUCUCAUAGAGACCUCAACCCCGUACACUCCAGACUUCUUCCAUUAUACUGAAACAGAUAUAAAGAACCUACGAGAGUUGGGAGCCACAUAUGAUAGAGAGAAAAAAUAUUGGGUCCUGCAAGGUAAACCUGUGAUGCCUGACCAGUUCACCUUUGAAUUAUUAGACUUCCUUCACCAGCUCACCCACCUUAGCUAUCAGAAGAUGAGGGCACUUCUAGACAGAAAAGAAAGCCCCUAUUACAUGCUAAAUAAAGAUAAGAUCCUCCACGAGGUGGCGGAAUCAUGCCAAGCCUGUGUCCAAGUAAAUGCCAGUAAAGCUAAGGUCGGUCCCGGGGUGCGAGUAAGAGGACAUCGACCAGGCACCCAUUGGGAAAUUGACUUUACUGAAGUAAGGCCCGGACUGUAUGGGCAUAAGUAUCUUCUGGUGUUUGUGGACACGUUCUCUGGCUGGGUGGAAGCCUUCCCAACCAAGCAUGAGACUGCCAAAGUUGUGACCAAAAAGCUUCUAGAAGAAAUAUUUCCAAGGUUUGGAAUGCCCCAAGUAUUGGGGACUGAUAAUGGGCCUGCCUUCGUCUCCCAGCUCACUUACAGGCCCUCCAAGCAGUACAACGAGAGGUCUGGAAGCCUCUGGCCGCUGCCUAUCAGGACCAACAAGACCAGCCUGUGAUACCACACCCCUUCCGUGUCGGCGACACCGUGUGGGUACGCCGGCACCAGACUAAGAACUUGGAACCUCGCUGGAAAGGACCCUACACCGUCCUGCUGACCACCCCCACCGCUCUCAAAGUAGACGGCAUCGCUGCGUGGAUCCACGCCGCUCACGUAAAAGCGGCGACAACCCCUCCGGCCGGAACAGCAUCAGGACCGACAUGGAAGGUCCAGCGUUCUCAAAACCCCUUAAAGAUAAGAUUAACCCGUGGGCCCCCCUGAUAGUCCUGGGGAUCUUAAUAAGGGCAGGAGUAUCAGUACCACAUGACAGCCCUCAUCAGGUCUUCAAUGUUACUUGGAGAGUUACCAACUUAAUGACAGGACAAACAGCUAAUGCUACCUCCCUCCUGGGGACAAUGACCGAUGCCUUUCCCAAACUGUACUUUGACUUGUGCGAUUUAAUAGGGGACGACUGGGAUGAGACUGGACUCGGGUGUCGCACUCCCGGGGGAAGAAAAAGGGCAAGAACAUUUGACUUCUAUGUUUGCCCCGGGCAUACUGUACCAACAGGGUGUGGAGGCCCGAGAGAGGGCUACUGUGGCAAAUGGGGCUGUGAGACCACUGGACAGGCAUACUGGAAGCCAUCAUCAUCAUGGGACCUAAUUUCCCUUAAGCGAGGAAACACCCCUCGGAAUCAGGGCCCCUGUUAUGAUUCCUCAGCGGUCUCCAGUGGCAUCCAGGGUGCCACACCGGGGGGUCGAUGCAAUCCCCUAGUCCUAGAAUUCACUGACGCGGGUAAAAAGGCCAGCUGGGAUGGCCCCAAAGUAUGGGGACUAAGACUGUACCGAUCCACAGGAACCGACCCGGUGACCCGGUUCUCUUUGACCCGCCAGGUCCUCAAUAUAGGGCCCCGCAUCCCCAUUGGGCCUAAUCCCGUGAUCACUGACCAGUUACCCCCCUCCCGACCCGUGCAGAUCAUGCUCCCCAGGCCUCCUCAGCCUUCCCCUACAGGCGCAGCCUCUAUACAACCUGGGACGGGAGACAGACUGCUGAACCUGGUAGAUGGAGCCUACCAAGCACUCAACCUCACCAGUCCUGACAAAACCCAAGAGUGCUGGUUGUGUCUGGUAUCGGGACCCCCCUAUUACGAAGGGGUUGCCGUCCUAGGUACCUACUCCAACCAUACCUCUGCCCCAGCUAACUGCUCCGUGGCCUCCCAACACAAGCUGACCCUGUCCGAAGUAACCGGACAGGGACUCUGCGUAGGAGCAGUUCCCAAAACCCAUCAGGCCCUGUGUAAUACCACCCAGAAUACAAGCGACGGGUCCUACUAUCUGGCUGCUCCCGCCGGGACCAUUUGGGCUUGCAACACCGGGCUCACUCCCUGCCUAUCUACUACUGUACUCAACCUCACCACCGAUUACUGUGUCCUGGUUGAGCUCUGGCCAAAGGUGACCUACCACUCCCCUGGUUAUGUUUAUGGCCAGUUUGAGAGAAAAACCAAAUAUAAAAGAGAGCCGGUGUCAUUAACUCUGGCCCUGCUGUUGGGAGGACUUACUAUGGGCGGCAUAGCUGCAGGAGUAGGAACAGGGACUACAGCCCUAGUGGCCACCAAGCAAUUCGAGCAGCUCCAGGCAGCCAUACAUACAGACCUUGGGGCCUUAAAAAAAUCAGUCAGUGCCCUAGAAAAGUCUCUGACCUCGUUGUCUGAGGUGGUCCUACAGAACCGGAGAGGAUUAGAUCUACUGUUCCUAAAAGAAGGAGGAUUAUGUGCUGCCCUAAAAGAAGAAUGCUGUUUCUACGCGGACCACACUGGCGUAGUGAGAGAUAGCAUGGCAAAGCUAAGAGAAAGGUUAAACCAGAGACAAAAAUUGUUCGAAUCAGGACAAGGGUGGUUUGAGGGACUGUUUAACAGGUCCCCAUGGUUCACGACCUUGGUAUCCACCAUUAUGGGCCCCUUGAUAAUACUCUUAUUAAUCCUACUCUUCGGACCCUGUAUUCUCAACCGCUUGGUCCAGUUUGUAAAAGACAGAAUUUCGGUGGUGCAGGCCCUGGUUCUGACCCAACAGUAUCACCAACUCAAAUCAAUAGGUCCAGAAGAAGUGGAAUCACGUGAAUAAAAGAUUUUAUUCAGUUUCCAGAAAGAGGGGGGAAUGAAAGACCCCACCAUAAGGCUUAGCAAGCUAGCUGCAGUAACGCCAUUUCGCAAGGCAUGAAAAAGUACCAGAGCUGGGUUCUCAAAAGUUACAAGGAAGUUCAGUUAUAGAUUAACAGUUAAAGAUCAAGGCUGAAUAGCACUGGGACAGGGGCCGAACAGGAUAUCGGUGGUCAAGCACCUGGGCCCCGGCUCAGGGCCAAGAACAGAUGGUUCUCAGAUAAAGCGGAACCAGCAACAGACACAGAAGCCCCGAUAGACGUCAGUGUUAGCAGAACUAGCUUCACUGAUUUAGAAAAAUAGAGGUGCACAAUGCUCUGGUCACUCCUUGAACCUGUGUGUCUGCCAAUGUUCUGACCAGAUAUGUGCCCAUUGCUGAACCUUCAUUAGACUCUUUCCUUGUACCCCUCCCCUACCCAUUUCUUGAAAAUAGACAUUGUUUAGAUCUAAAAAGUCCCACCUCAGUUUCCCCAAAUGACCGGGAAGUACCCCAAACCUUAUUCGAACUAACCAACCAGCUCGCUUCUCGCUUCUGUAACCACGCUUUUUGCUCCCCAGCCCUAGCCCUAUAAAAAGGGUAAAAACUCCACACUCGGCGCGCCAGUCCUCCGAUAGACUGAGUCGCCCGGGUACCCGUGUUCCCAAUAAAGCCUCUUGCUGUUUACAU